AUUUCAUGCACCAUCUAUAUCCACCUUAAGUCUCAUCAAAAGUCACCCACAAGCACAACACUAAACUUUCCCUACAAAACUCAUCACAAGCAAGCACAAAAAGAAGAGAAGCGAGAGAGAGAAAAAAUGCAACCCAACAUUUUCACUCUCAUUCUCUUUCUUCUCUUCUUGAUCACUGGCACUUCCAUUGCGGCCUUCGACACAGUAGGCAGUGGUGGUGGUGGAAAAAAGGUUGAAGCUGCGGAAAUGUCUUCUGGGCCUAAUGGUGGGACCCCAACGGGUGCUACUGGCUCGGGCCAUGGUCCCAACUGGGACUACAAUUGGGGGUGGGGGGCGAGCCCUGGAAGUGGAUAUGGCUAUGGUUCAGGGUCUGGUCGUUCACCCACUGGGUUUGGCAGGGGCGUUGGCUUUGGUUUUGGUUCUGGUUCUGGGUCUGGCUCAGGCUCUGGCUACGGCUAUGGUAGUGGGGGUGCUCACGGUGGUGGGUAUGGGUCUGGCAGUGGUGGCUCGGGUGGCAAUGGAAAUCGCUCACCAUCGGAGUCUAGGAACAAAAAGAACCAUGGCUGAGGCUAAUUAUGUAGUAUGUACUGGUUUGGUGUUGCAUGUAAUGAUUUAAUAAGUAUCGCUGUACUCGUUUACCUAGUGUGUAAGCUAUAGCUAUAAACUAUGAGUUUGCUUUUAAAGCCUCAGUCUCGUCAUUGUAUAUGUUUAUGUAUUAUUAUAUGUAGUUUGCAUUUUGCAUUGCAA